AUGGGCAACAGUAGAGAAUGCACCGGAUUAUUUUCUACCUUUCAAACAAUUUUGGCGUCAUGGCCAUUAUCCGUCAUAUUCCUUCCAUGGCGGACAAAUUAUGAAAUCCUCGAGCACGCCAUUAAUACAUUCAACCAGGAUGGAGAGACAAAUGAAUGGAUCCAGCGAUUCUGUGAAUCUAAAUCAAAUGAGCUUUCCAAUAUCAGCGUCCUAUACAGCGUUUACCUGGGAUCCUUCAGCUCCUGUCCCGGCUACCGUACGGGGUGCAUGGUACUGCGGUCUUAUCUUCGCCCUUACGGCUGUAUCAGUCGCGGCACAACAAAAUAUCGCUUUGAUCCGUGCUAA